AUGGCACCUUCACCAGCUUGCCAUGACGCUCUGGAGAGGGAGGCAGAAGCUGCAGGAGGCUGCUGGAGGAGGAGAAGGAAGAGGAAGCUCCUGGAGUACAACAAGCUCCUGCAGCGGAGGAGGAGGAGAGAGAAGACGGAGCUCCUAGUGAAGAACAAGUUCCUAUGGAGGAGGAGGAGGAGAAGGAGCGAGAAGAGGAAGCUCCUGAAGAACAACCAGCUCCUGCUGCAAAGAGAGAACAGCAAGAGAGCAGGGAACAAGCUCCUGGAGAAACAGCAAGCUCCUGCAGAAGAGGUGCAGAAGGAAGAGGGAGCUCCAGGAGAACAGCAAGCUCCUGCUGCUGAGGAGCAGAAGAGAGAGCAGGGAGCCCCUGGGGAACAGCAAGCUCCUGUAGCUGAGGAGGAGGAGAAGGAGGAAAGAGCUCCAAAACAACAGCAAGCUCCUGCAGCGGAGGAGGAGAACGGAGAACAGGGAGCCCCUGGGGAACAAAUAGCUCCUACACCGGAGGAGGAGAAAGAAGCGGGAGUUCUUGAUGAACAACAAGCUCCUGCUGCGGAGGAGAAGGAGGAGAGAGAAGAGGGAUCUCCUGGACAAGAGCAAACUCCUGCUGCGGAGGAGGACGAACAGGGAGAAGAGGGAGCUCCUGGACAACAGCAAGCUCCUGCUGCUGUGGAGGAGGAGAGAGAAGAAGGCGCCCCAGAGGAACAACCAGCUUCUACACCGGAGGAGGAGAAGGAAGAGAGAGCUGAUGGAGAACAGCAAGCUCCUGCAGCGGAGGAGGAAAAGGAAGAUGGAGCUCCAGAACAACAACAACAACAAGCUCCUGCAGCAGAGGAGGAGAGAGAAGAGAGAGCCCCUGGGGAACAGCUGAGCUCCUGCUGCAGAGGACGAGAAGAGAGAAGAGGGGAGCCCUGGACAAGAGCAAGCUCCUGCCGAGAAGGAGAGAGAGGAGGGAGCCCCUGAGAAACAACAAGCUCCUGCACCGGAGGAGGAGAAAGAAGAGGAAGUAGAUAAAGAUCAAGCUCCUGAGGUGGAAGAGACCACCGAAAAUCCUCCGGUGGUAGAAAGGCCGACCCUCCGAAAACGGGUCAGGAAGGCCAUAAUGAAGAGGCUCGGCAGGGUUUGGCAUUCCACCCAAAGACUUCACCUGCUGCCGCCGACCCUCCACCACGGCCUAAAUCCUUUCCUUCUUACCGACCUAUCCCGAGAGCGUAUGUCUGUGUGUGUCUGUCUGUUAUGUACAGGAGGGAGAGUAGGGGGUUGUGUACAGGAGGGAAAGUAGGGGGUUGUGUACAGGAGGGAGAGUAGGGGGGUUGUGUACAGGAGGGAGAGUGGGGUUUGUGUAUAGGAGGGAGAGUAUGGGGUAGUGUACAAGACGGAGAGUGGGGUUGUGUAUAGGAGGGAGAGUAUGGGUAAUGUUCAGGAGGGAGAGUGGGG